UAUUUUCCCUCAUUUUUUCUGUUUAUUUUUAAUGUUUGGACAGCGUUGUAAAGUAUUUAAUUCUAUUUUAAAUAAUUUAUUGACUCGUCAAAAAGGAAACCUCUUCUCAUUUUCAAAAAUGUCAGACGAAGCAGCAAAAGCGCAAACAGCAGCGCCGCCAAGUGAGCCGACUGACACGAUCUUUGGGAAAAUAAUUAGAAAGGAAAUUCCGGCAAAUAUACUUUAUGAAGAUAAUGAGGUACUCGCUUUCAAAGAUGUAGCUCCUCAAGCGCCUACGCAUUUCUUGGUCAUUCCGAAGGAGCCGAUACCGUCAAUGGACAACUGUGAAGCAAAACAUGAAGCAUUGCUUGGCAAGCUCAUGUUGACAGCUAAAAAUGUUGCUAAAGAACAAGGUCUCGCUGAUGGUUAUCGAAUUGUUGUUAAUAAUGGACGCAAUGGAUGUCAAAGCGUAUUUCACCUUCAUCUUCACGUUUUGGGUGGACGCCAAUUGGGAUGGCCACCGGGCUAAUUUCGACAAAUAAUUUUGAUGAUAGGGAUAU